AUGGAUGAAUCUACCCUGUUGGAUAUGCCUAAUAUCACAGAUGGCCCAUGCGAUGUCGAUACACAUCCAAAUCUUCGCCUCGCUUUCAUCAGCUUUGGAAGUGUGAUAUCAGUGGUGGGAUGUGCUUGCAAUCUACUAUUGCUGUUCGUAUUCCUUUUCAAAGGAGCCAGCAAUCCUUUCCAGACAUUUCUUGCCUUUCUCGAUUUUAUGUUAUGUUUUUUAUUCAUCACUUGUUUCGGUGCGCUCACACUUUCAAUAACAUUCAGGAUAAAAUGGAUAUACACAACAGUGAAGAUGUACAAUGUUCAUAUGCUUAUAGCGAGCAGAAUUGUUCAAUUAUGUAUUCCUUAUAUUUUGAUCGCUAAUACAGCCUAUAGAUUAGCCUCAAUUACGGGAAAAAAUCGUCACACAAGCAAUCGCAUGACUCAAGCUGUAGUAUUGAUGAUAGCCACAACUGCGGUAUUUCUUCGAUUUCCUGGCUAUUUCUUCAUCCAAGUGGUUCGAAUCGAAAAUUGUGACCUGUUUGAAAGUCUCACAUUGUCUGGAAAGGAAAGAGAUCCGUACAUCAUGAAUCUCUACAGGACCAGCGACGUUUUCAUACAGACAAAACGCAACGCUGCUGAAGAAGAAGAACGUCGUGAACACAAACGGCUACGAUGUGCAGUGAAGACAACAAUCGUCAUUAUAUCCUCCUAUCUGGCAUGUAAUAGUGUGAAUUUCGUCUUAUACUGCAUAGAAAUGUUCAACUCCAGCCUUACACAGGAUGAAGAUGGCAAUUUCAACGUGUUUUAUGUGUCGGCCAGUGAUCUUGGCACAAAUCUUUUCGUUCUAUCGUCAACUAUACGAAUUUUUGUCUACUAUAAGUACAAUCCACAGAUUCGUCAACAAAUCCAGGGUGUCACAGCUCUAAACUGCCUACUUCGUUCAGUGAAAAAAGAUACGGCAAAAAGCGAACCACUGAUAGCCGUCUCGUUAUGA